CUUCAUUCUUUGUUUCUUUUUUUUAUCUAAACUCUUUGCUACCUCAAACUACAACAUGUCAACUGACAAGCAGGGAAGUAAAGAAACCGAUAGUUUCGUACCACACUCGCCCGAUACGUCUCAUAUUGGAACCAUCGGCACCUUUGAUUUCUACAUCUGGACACUCAUACCGGCUAUUGGUAUUAUCUUUUGCUUUCUUCACACCGAACAAGAACAUAUAUGGAGCUGGACAGGUGCAACCGCUGCAGAAUCCCAAUCCUUAGAGUCCAAAAUCAUUGUGUCCGUGAUAUCCACCGUCAUUGGUGGUUGCGUGGUGGCUACCCUGAUGAAGGCCGUCUCUGCAAUCUUUUUCACAUUGAUGAAAUAUCAAGGAGCUAAUUUUUCACAUUUUGCUGCUGUCGUUGGUGGUUAUUCUCCUUCCUAUUUACCUAUACUUUUUGCAGGAAAAAGGUGGUUCGGUAUACUCUUGAUCUUUAUUAUUUUAAUAAUCAGUACAGUGACAAAACAACUGGCGGUUGUAUCUAUGGGUGUGCGUGUUAUCUCUUUCAAUGACACCAUGACAUCUUACACACGAAACUAUUCAUCCUGCGUAGCUACAACAGGGUUAGGUGAAAUAGGAAAAAUGCUGCCAUUUGCAACGUUAGAUGCUUUCAACAGCUUGCGAAAUCAAAAUGCUACCUAUACAAAUGAGUAUUAUGACAAAAGUAUACCCGCAGGUCUAAGAGGAGAAUCCACCUAUGUGCGUGAAUUACCCUAUGCAAACGUCUCAUGUUCCAUUGUUCCCAGAACUGCAAACUAUUCUAGUGCAAGCCCCAUGUCCUACAAUUUUACGGCCGCAAAUACCUUAUUUGAGAGUAUAUCAUCUUGGCAUGCUGAAAUAGCCCUAGCUAUGAAUCUCGACCUGAAAGAAAAUGCUAGCUGGGUAGCUUGCACAAUCGAUGUCGGACACGCAACAGCUUUGACGUCGUGCAAAGAUACAUUGUGUCAUACAGAACGGGUGUCUCCAAUUACGCUUUUUGAAAAGGAAUACCCCAGUGGUAUAUAUGACUUCAUGAACGCUAUGUUUGUAAUGACCAGACCAGGUUCAAUGGUGACUCGUAAUCCAUUGUUGAGCUGGAUAUUAGGCGCCAAUAUUACGACCUAUGUUGAUAUAGAAGAGAAAAUUCCAGGGGAGAGUGUACAGAUGAUUCAAGACAGAGUAGAAAUAUUUGGCACCAUGGCCGGUCGAAUAUUAUGUGAUUACAACAACAAGGAACCAUAUACGGAUACCGUCACAUUUCAAUCGAAUUAUAUCUCUUCCCAAUAUUAUGUGAAUCGUAUCUUAUGGAAAUGGCCCUUUUGGCUGCUGGCCGGGUUUAUCUUUGUGAUUUGGAUUCUAUGUAUGAUGGCCAUGUGGAUAACACCCGAAAGCAGAAUUAUUUCAGUAGAAUGGUUUAUCAGUCAGUAUAUUACAAGAAACCGUUACGGUUAUCUGUCCGGCAGUGAUUUAGUCAAAACCCACCAGAAAACACUUUUGCAGGUGGUCGAUACAAGCUCCAAUGAAAAUGUAGGGAACGUGUCAGUCAUUCAAACGGAUACUUACAAAGAUAUAAAAGUUCAAAGAGUGCGCCGUGAUAAACAAUACCAAUAAUUUAUUCUACCCUUUUUUUUUUUUUACAUUAAUAAAAUAAUCACUUUACAAUUAGAAAUAUAAA